AUGCUUGCAUCGUUGAACAAGGUGAUAGCAUCCAAAAGGUUCAUACUUGCCAGCGCUUCACCGAGAAGAAGAGAAAUCAUGCAAACUUUAGUAAGCGAUGAUCUCUUAUACACUGGAACGUACAGGGCAUUGUAUGUGAUACAAUAUCACCUGCUGUGGACGAGGAUAUACCUUUGUCAGAGUGAGUAUGAUUUUCUUAUUUCCGCGGAUACGGUUGUUACCCUCCAAGGAGAAAUAUUUGGCAAACCUCAUAAUCGCACAGAAGCCAUUGCUACAUUGGAAAGACUCAGCGGAAAAACACAUGAAGUGCUUACUGGUGUUUGUCUUUUCUCAUUUUGUGACUUUGGGGACCGAAAAUGUGUUACUUUCCACGAAGUUACCGCUGUGACCAUGGCUGAGCUCGAUGAAGAUACCAUUACAGCUUACGUCGAUUCGGGAGAACCUAUGGACAAAGCCGGUGCAUACGGGAUUCAAGGUCUCGGAUGUAGUCUGAUCAAACGAAUCGAAGGUGACUAUUUCAACGUUGUUGGCCUACCCUGUUACCAGCUUUGUUAUCACAUACGAAGCUUGUGCCUCAGGUGA